AGUUGUGUUUCGUAUUAAUUUAGUGUUUUCCAGUCGUAAUAUUUUAUGACCGGCUCCAGAUAAGAGAUUUUUAAUUCAUCUGCAGUACCAACCUAUAUUUUUACACUAUAAAAGUGAGCCUAUUCAUUCAGGCAUGUUAUAUGCAUGUUAUCCAUUUUAUACAUUGUUUGACAGUUGAAACAUUUGUAUGCCUACACAUUUCUAAUAGACCAUGAUACCCAUUCGGGGUCAUCCUCUAGAUUAGAUCGAUUCCUUGUUAAGAUAUUGGUGCCCCCUAGAUGUGGUACCCGAAGCAACUAUUAUAAUUUGAUUAUAUUAGUUAAUCCGGCACUAGUAGGUACUUAAUUCAAAAAUAAGUAAUAGGUAUAAAACGACUGCGACUAUUUUAUUGGUCAUAAAAAAAAAACAGAAACAUGCUUUGAACACCUUCAAUCCGCAAACGCGUGAACGCAGAAGUUUUUUUUAACAUCAGUAAGUUAUCGAUAAGGCAUCGUUUUUAGGACGUGUCGUGCCCCCCGCUUAGUAGAGUCCGUAGCGCGAUCAGUUGGCCCCAAGCGCUCGCGCUGAGUGCGUGUCGACGUCUGCGCACGCGUUCGUUCACCCCUAGCUCGAUCGUCAGCUGUCAAAUUUGACGUUUCGUAAUCGGGGAGAAUCCACGAUUACUAAGUAAUCGAAGUGUAUUUAAACUAAGUAACUGAUGACACUGUUCUAACAAGAAUUCCGACUUGCGUAAAUAUGUUUUGACGUGACCGCUUGUGUUGUGUUAGUGAUGAUUUCUGAUUGUAUCGAGUGCUGUGUAUUGUGUAAACUAGUUUCGAAGAUUUGUCGUUGUUAUGCUGUUAUCAUGUAAUGUCGUUUGACGCUGAUAUGUCUAUAAUUAGCGACCUACGAUGGCUGCAGGACGAGGAGUUGUUUGCUCUUUCGUUGCAAAACGAGAUCGAAGCGGCGGAGGCGUGCAAAUGGCUACGAGCCGCCGGAUUCCCUCAGUACGCGCAGAUGUACGAAGACCUCCAGUUUCCCAUCGACGUGUCGGGGGUACAGAACGACCACCCGUUCCUAGACGCGGACUCUUUGCAGUCCCUCUUCAGGCGGCUGACUGCUCUCAACCGAUGCGCCAACAUGAAGCUAGAGCACCAUCACCAUCAGAAGAGAUCGAACGACUCUGACGAUGACCAAUGCGCGCUCAGCGACAAAUGGCAGUACGAGAGGAAGUCACGGCGAUGGUCGCGAGUCGUCGAGAUUACGCCGCAGGCGCAGCGGAGGUUACAGGUGAUAGCUGCAAGAGCGAUAGCAGAACGAGAAGCUAGAGAAGCGAGAGGGGAAGAGGAAGACGACGAGGACGACACCCUUCCCACCAUUAGAGUGGGACUGGUCGAUGCUGAUGGGCACUACACUGAUGUUGAACCUGACUUACUAACAGUACCAGGCCAACCAAUGAUACAGUUACCAAGUGACAAAGAGGAUGAAGAAGAAAAUGGUACUAGAUUUAGAAGAACCGGUUCAGAACGACUCCGGGACGGCGCGAAAGCCUUGCUCAGACGUGUAGAAUCUCUCAAAACCAGGAGAAGAAAAAGGCAAAACAGAACCGAAGUCAUCGUCUCCUCUCCCCAUUUUUUAGAUACACAAACAGAUCGAUAUCCAGAUUUAAAUUAUAUUGAUAUGACUCCUACAACUCCUACAGCGUUUCCUUUCCCAGAUUUUGCCAGUUCUCCUUUACAUGCACCAGCUAUUCGAACUCAACCUCCUUCUCCUAUGACCAUUAUGCCACCAUCUCCCAUCGCUCCGCUGGAGCAGUCCUUUGUUUUAAAUCCUCCUUUUGGUGACGAUAGCUCUAGUUAUGCCUCAGAUGGAAGUAUGGGGUCAAGUAAUAAGAGUUCUAAGUCAAAAUUAGGAAAGGCGAAGCGCAUUUUUCACAGAGGGAUCAAGAAUGAUGACUCCAGUGCACUGAGUGACUCGGAAUGUCAACCGGCCAGCUGGAGGCAUAAUUAUUACAGAGAUCAUAAUACUCAUCACAAUACUGAGGUGUACGUGGAACCUCCGUCACCAAUAGAACUGAAGCCAGACCCGGCGGUGCUCAAGGAGGUCCAGAAGUCCCCUGGACACACAACGCAUAGACGACAGGCUAUUCGCACCAGCUCUCUAAACCUGGGGAAAGACGGACAGAAAUUUAGGGACAGAAGCUUGAAGAGAGACAAAUCAGCAUCGAGGAGCUCUGAACUCGAAGGCAGUCCUAAUUCUGCGGGGUCACGGUCUCAUGACGGCGACCAGGAUGACGAUGAUGACAGCGUUGACAUGAAAUCUAAAAAAAAUAACAUUCAGAGGUGGUAUUCAUUCCGGACGACUACGCUAAACGGUGGCCCCAAAGCCCACAAUACCCUGCAGCCAAUAACCAAUCAAAAGGAUCCGGAGGCCUAUUUGUCGCGACCGAUGUCAUCUCUGUCCUGCGGGCAGCUGCACAUCUUGCGAAAAUUGGCACUGCUUCGACUCACAGCAUGUAUGGAGCGGUACUGCCCUUCACACAAGUCCGGUUGGAACUGGGAACUACCAAAGCUAAUUAGAAAGAUCAAGACUCCUGAUUAUAAAGAUAAAACCGUUUUCGGCGUGCCUCUCACCGUGUCGCUGCAGAGGACAGGUCAUUCUUUGCCGAAGCCCAUACAGUGCGCACUCAAUUGGCUGAAAAACAAUGCCCUCGAACAGAUGGGUAUCUUCCGAAAAGCCGGUGUAAAGUCAAGAAUAGCGAAGCUACGCACAUUAGUCGAAAGCGCAGGGGCCGUGAACGCCGCCUUCGCUAUUGAGAACAUGAACACAGUGGACCCUCACCAGUCAAGCCUGAACUUCGACGGCGCCCAGGCCCACGACGUGGCCGAUAUGGUGAAACAGUACUUCAGAGAGUUGCCUGAUGCGCUGCUGACAAAUAAGCUUAGUGAGACCUUCAUUGCGAUAUUUCAACACGUACCAGAACCUCUCAGGCCCGACGCAGUACAGUGCGCAUUACUCUUACUACCUGAAGAACACUUAGAGGCAUUACAGUCACUACUCAUAUUCCUUGCCGAGGUUGCGGAGCAUUCGGCGGUGAACCAGAUGACAGCGUCCAACUUGGCUGUAUGUUUGGCCCCCACGCUGCUAAGGCUUCAUCACGCGCCGCCUCAGACUGGUAGUACGAAGGAAGGAAAUUCAAAUCGAAUGGUGAUAGAAAGUGUGGCCGAUCAGCGGCAAAUCAGCGAAAGUCGCGCAGCUCAUGCAUGUCUCCUGCUACUCAUUCAGAAGCAUCAGCAGUUGUUCCUGGCGCCAGCGGACAUGCUGGCGCGGUGCAAGUUCAACUAUUUCGAGGAGAGUGUGCCUGUUGCGCUAGAAGAAUUAGGAGCAGAUUUCAACCAAGACUGGAAAGGUUUUCAACAAGCCUGCAUUAAAGCUUUACUAAAAGAAGCCAAAGAAAAAACGAGAGGAUGGAUGUCAGUGUCCGGGGCAGCGCCUCACGUGGAGUUGUGUUGCAAGAAGGUCGGCGACGGACACCCUCUGCGGCUGUGGAGGGCUACCACGGACGUGGAGGCACCGCCGCAGGAAGUUAUGCAGAGAAUUCUUCGCGAGCGUCACAUCUGGGACGACUCGCUGGUGAAGUGGCGGGUCGCUGAGAAGCUAGGCACGAACGCAGAGGUGUUCCAGUACAUAACCGCCUCGAGCAUCAACCUGCCGCCAAGAGAUUACUGUGUUUUAAGAUCCUGGCAGCAAGGCGGCGGUGGCGGCGGUUGGUGCGCGGUGGCCGAGACGUCGGUGGCGCACGGCAACCAGCCCACCGACGGCUCCCGCGGCGUGGUGCUCGCGUCGCGUUACCUCGCGCAGCCGGCCGGCAAGGGCCGCAGUCGACUGGUGCAUCUAGCCAGAGUUGACACUAUGGGGCGCACUACAGAAUGGUACAACAAAUGCUACGGUCACAUAUGUGCGUUAUAUUUGGCUCGAAUCCGGGCCUCGUUUAAGCACAACACCGAAGGACCAGAGUCGAAUGUAUGAUCCAAGCAUUCCACUUAAGCCGGCUAUGUAGGGCCAGCUUAAGUUUGACGUGAAGGGACGUCAGUGUGUAUAUAGCCUUAUUUUAAAGGCAUAAUUUUAGCCUUCGGGGAAAUCCUAGAAACAAUGCAGACUCGUGCAUCAUGAGAUGUCUCAAUGUAGUUGAUACAUCAUAGUUUUUAAACACAAGGGAAUUACUUACUAAGAAUAUUAAGGAUGUAAAAUUGUUAUUACUCAUUGUACAGAAGGGACUUUUCUUGUAAUUGUUGUAAGAAUGUACGUGAGAGUACAAAUGCGAUAUUACUUCGAGAAACCCAGGUGUUCUAUGGACCGUUAAAUAAAUUAAUAAGAUUCAGCAACCAUUGUUACGCUUUGAACGUGAAAUCGAUCAUUUUCAUGUGAUAAUUAUUCAAGUAAAAUAAUUAGCACAUUAUAGAAAUAUAUUUGAUCACUUGACUAAACUACCAACGUCCUAUUUCUGUUUCCUCAAAAUACGGCUGCACUGAACUGCAUUAAACUGAUUAUUUUAAUAUUUCCCAAGCCCAUUGUAUAUAAUAAGUAAUGUAAGUUUAUGUCAGUUUCCGUUUCCUGUUCCAUGACAAAUAUACAAUUAAUAUUAUCCUUUUUGCCCGACAUAGCUAAACAAAUAUAUUGCAAGUUAUAUAAUAAAGUUACAGUAAGCAAAACAAAAACAUAUGCGUCUACAGUAUCUAUUGAUAAAAUAUAUAUCUUAAGACCUGUAACUUAUUAAACCGCUGGAGACGGUGUUUAAUAUAUAUUUGACAUUGUUUUUUGAAGUUACUUAACUAAGCUAAAACAUAUGUAACUUGAUGUGGUGUACAGUUUAAACCUGAAGAUCUGGACAUAUAUUUAUAAGUCUCAAAUAUAUUAAUAGUAGGUAUACCGAGAAAAAGGACUUGGGCGUCUUCACAUUCUGAGACUGUUCCAUAAAUCUGAAGUUAUUCUUAAGAAAUACGAAGACGACACAAGUGUGUAGCUCCUAAAAUUGUUUUGUACGGUAUGACCUAUGAUAUUCAUGUGUGUUUUUUGUAAAUUUGUGCGAGUGACCAAAAUUAUAAUCUUCUAUAUGUGUCUGGGUGUAAUGCAUAAUAAAAUAGUUGUAAGAUGAAUGUUCAAUACCUACCUCCAUAUUCAAGAUUGUUUUGCCCUAGUUAAAUUCCCUAGUAAAGGGACCUACCAAAAAGCCUGAACUAUAUUUAAUAAAAUUAGUUAAUCUGUAAUUAGUUAUAUUUUAAAUUACCAUCGUGAUGUUAGUUUCCCCAUGGUGCAUACAAUAUUAAGAUUAAAUAUGUUAAAGUAUUGAAAUUAACAAUCUCAAAUACUUGCGGAUCACUUUACCAUACCUUCGUGUUAAUGUUGUUGUUACAUAUCACUAGUCAUAUAUAUAUAAAUAAAUAACAAUAAAUAUAUGAAUUUUAAACACAUAAUAACUGUACCUGUCCUGUGUUCAGGAAUAGUAUUAAAAUGUAUUUAGGUAUGAUAUAUUCAUUAAUAUUACUAAUUAAUAUAAUAUAUAAAUAAAUAUUGAAUCCUUUAUGAUAUUUAUGGAUACACUAUAAAAUUAAUAAUAGUCAAUGUGUAUAUUAAAAAAAAAAAAAAACUAAUGUCGGUUGACAUUUUUAUAUGUAAAAAGUCUGAAUAUAAUUGUAUAUAUAAAUCAUUAGUGUAUUUAGUUACUUUUCAUCACAAUUAUCUUUAUGAGAGUAUUUUAGAAAAACAUAUUUUUCAGCACAAGUUUUAUUAAACCGAAUCCUUAGGUGAAAUAAAAAAAAGGAUAUAGUUUAAUACAUUUCAUAUUACACUAUCAAAUAUUUAGAGAUAAUAGUAAAAAGUUAUAUUAUGUGUUUCAUAAAAUGGGUUAUAAAAUAUAAAUGACUAAUUUCAUUAACAUCAAGCAAAUAAAAGUUAUUUCUGUAUUGUGAAUUUUUAAAUACCUCAGAUUACCGUAAAGUGGCCAGUAUUGCACAUUUUGCUUAGUUUAUUACUUUUGUUAAUAACAAAUGACGUAAUAAAUACAAAUCGUUUUGAACUAUUAUUAUGAAACACACUAUAUAUUUUCCUUUACUUUUCCUGCGGAAAACAAAUUCAAACCAAAAAAUCACAUUAUGAAGAUACUUUAUAGUAUAGAAUAAAUAAUAUAAAUACAUAUAGAUUAAAUAUUUGUAUAUAUAUAAUUUACAUAAAAUAAUGGAUCUUUAAGUACCUAGGUAUCAUUGUAAUCUCAAUUUUAAAAGGGUCUAGCUAGUCACAUUCUUACUACAUGUAUUUCAAUAUACGGAAACUUUGAAGUUGUGCAGUAGGACUGUGAGAAUUGCCCUUCAUAUUACUAUAAAUUAGUUACCUGCCAAAAACACAGUAUAUUUGCGAGAUAUGUUGACAUUGCAAUAUAGUCACAUAAUGACUAUUGUAGUUAAAAUCUGGAAAGUAUUUGACAAUAUUACAAAAAUGACCAGUGGUUUUCAGAUACUGAAGUAAAUAAACCUAUUAAAAUUAUUCUUAUACAAUGUAAAUUAUAACUUAUGAUCAAAAUAACGUACCAAGUUCAAAAUAUCAUUAUAGGUGAUCACUAAUGUACACGUGUAUAGUCAGCAUCAAAUAGACAGUCAUAGCUAAAGAGGCCAAAUGUAUUAAACCAUCCUUUUAUUCCUAUGGUAACAAAGCUGUACUGUAAUAUGUUUAGCUACUUUAGCUAAGAUUAUCUAUGUUAUGCUGACUGUACAGUUUAUUUUGAGCAACAAAUAGAAAUUGUUUGCUACCGUUAAAAUGUAUAGUCAACCAGGACAAAUGCGUCACUUGGUGUAAUAUAUUUUCGAAACGCAACAUAUUAUAACUUAUAACUAUUAUGUUCGAAACGUAACAUAUCUACGAGUAUUAUAGCUGUCUACAUCAAAACUUCGGUGACCAUACUUCGAACAUCGAGUGUUGGAAUAGUUCUAAAAUGUUCCGUUUAGAUAUCUUCAAUAGAUGCAUUUAACCCGACUGACGCAUUUAUCCCGGCUGACAUUUUCAUUCCGCAUUCAUUCCAACCCACAAAAAUAUUCGUUUUAAAAGUUGGAUUACAUUUUUUUUCUAUCAGGUUUAGGAAUAUAUAUUACAUUCAGAUUCAGCAUCAAUAUUAUGGCGUAGGCAGGUUACAUUUACACAUGCACAUGCAACUGGUUUUACAUAUAUAGCAAAUAAGUUAUUGAAAUAUUCACCGUUAAUACUCCAAAAUGUCUGUUAUAUUAAUGUGUAAAAUAAUUAUACCUUAUUGCAUUGUGAUUUUACUCUAUAUGAAAUAUAUGGACCAUUACUGUGAA